UCCUGGACAGGACAGUGCCCGGGGCUCUGUGGCACUUCAGAGCUGUUAGUUGAUGGUUUCAGGAUGAGUCAGUGGGAGUUGGUAUCCUGUUUGCAACCAAGCUGUGGGUGGCAGAUGGGUGGCACCUAGUCAAGGCUGAGGGCACCUUCUCAGCCACGGGGCACCCACCUUGUUUUGGGCCAUGGGGCCAUGGGGCCCAUUCGGCCAGAGGGUAUCCACCCAACUGUGGGGCACCCACCCAGUCACAGGGUACCCACCCCCCAGUGCACUGCAGGGGAAGUGCUGGGAGUGGGGUGUGCCAGCUGCCACGUGGGGCAGGAAGGAUCUGCCCGUGGGGCUGGGACAAGGCAAGAAAGAGGAAGCCCUCGAGUGCCCCAGCCCAGCACGGCAGCGCCCGGGCAGACGCACCUCGCACCUUGCACACCUCCACCACAGUGUCAGCUCUGUCACCCCAUGAGGUGACAGCCAACCCACCACCAUGGUGACCUGGGCAUUGCUGCUGCGAUGGUCUCCAUGGGGCCGGCCUGGUGUGAAGGCUUUGGUCACUGCCGGACUGUUUGUAACCACCCUCUGGAACCUGCGGCUCUUCCUCAACCCCUCCAAGGGGUCUGGAGAAGACUCUAAACACGGGGAGCCACUGGUGAUCCUGGUGUGGGAAUGGCCCUCAAAGCAGGUCCCCAAUGUCAGCAGGGACGUGUGCCGUGAGCUGUAUGGCAUCACAGGCUGCCAGCUCACCACAGAGCGGCAGCUCCUGCACCAGGCCGAUGUGGUGGUGUUCUUCCACUCCAGGCUCCAGCCUGGCCGGGACAGACUGCCCAAGGAGAGGCUGCCGGGGCAGAACUGGGUGUGGGUCUCCCUGGAGUCCCCCUCCCACACUAGAGCUCUAGCAGAAUGGAACCAGACCUUCAACUGGGUGAUGACCUACAGACAGGAUUCAGACAUCUUCAUCCCCUAUGGCAAGCUUGUGCCCAACCGGUCAGCCACCGUGAACAUCCCCGCAAAGACCAACUUGGUGUCCUGGGUUAUCAGCAACUACCACAGGACUCAGAAAAGAGCUGAGGUCUACAGAAACCUCUCCAAGUACCUCCAUGUGAAUAUAUAUGGCAAAGCAAACAACAAGCCCCUCUGCAAGGACUGCCUCUUGCCAACAAUAUCCAAGUCCAGGUUCUACCUGGCCUUCGAGAACUCCAUCCACCGGGACUACAUCACAGAGAAACUCUGGAGGAACUCACUGCUGGCUGGCACCGUGCCUGUGGUGCUGGGGCCACCCAGGGCCAACUAUGAGCAAUUUGUUCCUGCAGACUCCUUCAUCCAUGUCAAUGACUUUGGCUCCCUGGAGGAGCUGGCCACCUUCCUGAAGACCAUGAACUCCAGCCGCUACCAGCAGUUCUUUGCCUGGCAGAGGAGGUUCAGCGUGAAGCUCUUCACUGAGUGGAGGGAGCGGAUCUGCACCAUCUGCAUGGCCUACCCCCACCUGCCCCGUGGCCGCCUCUAUCCCGACCUGCAGAGCUGGUUCAACUCCUAGUGCAUGCCAGGACCCUUGGGAUGAAUCCAGGCAGGGGUGGGAGGUGUGUACAGCACCCACCUGCACAUAGGACGUGGAGCAAGGACAGGAGUCCCCACUCUCCUCCCAACCCCGCUGUUGCCACACUGGGACUUCAAGCAACUCCCUAUGACUUCCUUUCUUGUGAAACAGGACUUAUCACCCCGACCCAACACUGAACACCUUGCCAGGGUGCUGGCAGGACCAGAGGGUGCUUUGGAAAAAAGCAGCACAGUGCUGCUGAGACUGUGCAUGUGGUAUGGGCAGGGCAGGGGGGUGGUGGGUGGCUCAGCCUUUCCCUGUGAUCCUCAAUGUCCCCCCAGCACCUUCUGCUGAGUGCCUAACUCCUGCCACCAUUGGUAACAUUUGUGGCUGGGCUGGAGGAGCGAUGGUCAGCCUGGGGCAGGGGUCCGUUACCCCGUGGCCAGGGAGGAAGGACAGCGUCUGCUCCCCCCCUUCCCAACAGCACCCAUUUCCUGCCCCCACCCGAGCCGUGGGUGUCACCGUGCCAGUGAGGAGGCACAGGACAGCGGAUGCUCUCAGAGCAAUCUCAGUGCCGCCAGGCAGGCAGAGGGACACUGUGGUUUGUCACUCCCUCCCUGAUGUGACAGGAAGCUAGUGAGCUGGCAGCCUCUGGAGGCUUGCACAAGCCUGAAGCAAAGCCAGUCCUGUGGGCAACUUGCACACGCACACAUUACACUGUGGAAACCCUGCACCAUGGGCACCCUGCACAUUGCACACCCUGCACCACAGGCAUGUCAAGAGGAAGCACCCAUCUGGAAUCAGUGGUGAUAUAGGGGUUGAGUGACAGGACAUGUCACAGGACAUGGAGUCAGACAUGACUGCUCCAUCUGUGCCUUGCUCUUUGCCCCUCUAGUCAGUGCCAUCAACUCCCUUGAUAUAAACAACUCUUUUUGUCACA